AUGUCCUUCGAUCGACUUGUCCGUUUCGUGCCCAAGGGCGGCAGCAGCUCCGUUCUCAUCGGCGAGCCGGUCGACUCCUCGGUCGACGUUGGGGCUGCCGUCCGCAAGGGCCAGGAUGUCCAAGUCAAGGUGUUCAGCGGCUCGUCAGUCUUGAAUCCUGGCUCGGCCACGGACAAGGUUGAGGUCGUUGACCGGGUCUUGUCGCCUCUUGACACUCCUGAAGUCGGGACCAUCCGAUGUAUUGGCUUGAACUACCGAGGACAUGCCAAUGAAGUGGGCAUGAAGAUCCCUGACGUCCCGGUCGUUUUCAUGAAGCCAGCCACCUCUCUGGCAGACCCAUGGCCAGCGCCAACGGUGAUUCCGAAGCACACGCUCAAGGAUGACUGCGCCGACUAUGAGAGCGAGCUCGCCGUGGUCAUCGGCAAGACGGCCAAGAACGUGAGCAAGGAGCAGGCUCUCGACUACGUGCUGGGCUACACGGCGUGCAACGACAUCUCGAGCCGCGUGCAACAGCUCAACCAGAGCCAGUGGAGCUUCUCCAAGGGCUUCGACGGUGCUUGCCCCAUAGGCCCAACCCUGGUCUCAACUAAGGCGAUCCCGGACGUGUCGAAGCUGAAGCUGAGAGGCUUAUUGAAUGGCAAGGUCGUGCAGGAAAGCGGGCUUGAUGACCUCAUCUUCGAUGUGGCAGAGCUGGUGAGCUGGUGCUCUCAGGGCACCACGCUCCUGCCCGGCACCCUUAUUAUCACCGGUACUCCCGCUGGCAUUGGCUGGGGCCGCAACCCAAAGCUUACCCUGCACGGUGACGAUGAGUUCAUUGUCGAGAUUCUGCCCCAUAUCGGCAGCUUGUACAAUGUCUUGGAGGACGAGAAAUGA